AUGAGUUAUCAAUAUUUAAAGGCAGCACCAAAGGUUAUUUGCAUUGGUAGAAAUUUUGCUGCUCAUAUCCAGGAAUUAAAUAGUGCCACACCAAAACAGCCUUUUUUUUUCUUGAAGCCUAAAUCUGCUAUCAUAACUCAAUUCUCCAAACAUCUACCAAAGGAAGAUCAACUGAGAAUAUCAGGAGAUGAGUCUUUCCAUGGUCUAAAUGAAAACGGUACGAAUCCAGGACAUAUACUACUUCCAAAUGGCACUGAAGUGCACCAUGAAAUUGAAGUUGCACUAGUCAUGAACAAGUAUUUAUCUAAUGUUUCUGAAGCGAACUUUAAAGCAUCAGAUGUUUAUGACUCGAUCAGUGGCAUAGCGUUAGCCUUAGAUUUAACAGCAAGGAAUGUCCAAGCAGAAGCUAAAAAGAAAGGUUUACCUUGGUCAAUCCCAAAGGGUUUUGACACUUUUUUACCCAUGUCACAGUUCAUAAACAAAGAUAUCCUAACAGCUCAUAAAGAUAAUUUGCAAGAUGUUUUUAACUUAAAGUGUUCUGUUAACGGAGAACUCAGACAGAAUGCAUCAAGUGACUUGAUGCUAGUUACAUUCCAUAAAAUUAUUCAACAUAUUUCAACAAAGAUUACCUUAGAACCUGGUGACAUUAUUUUAACAGGGACUCCAGCAGGCGUUGGUCAGCUCAACCCUGGUGAUCAUAUAUCUGGUGAGUUAUUCUAUAAUGGUAAGAAAAUUAUUAAUAUGGAGUUCGAUUGUUUACAACGCCCAGGGCCAUUUGUAUAUAGAGAGACCUAG